GACCAACCACAACGCCACAGCCGGAAACACGGCAUCCGAAAGCUUCAUUUGCGCAGGCGCGUCCGUCUUUCUUCCUUUCCAACGCUCGAGCGAAAGAGACAAGAUGGGCCAUCAGCAGCUCUAUUGGAGUCACCCCAGAAAAUUCGGUCAGGGAUCCCGAUCCUGCCGAGUAUGCUCGAACAGACACGGUCUGAUCCGUAAAUACGGGCUCAACAUGUGCCGCCAGUGCUUCAGGCAGUACGCCAAAGACAUCGGCUUCGUCAAGCUGGACUAGAUGUCUUGCGCUGACACGUCCUCAGAUGGAUCAAACAACGUCUGGAAGGCCGGCCAAGAUGGGAUAAUUCAGCACUGCAAAUAAAUGUGUUUUUUGUCCAAACUAAA